AUGACCACUGGCUUUCCGGGAGAGCGUGUCGGCCUGGACAUUGUAGGACCCUUUCCGAUAUCGGUGCUCGGGUUUGAGUACGUAUUAGUCAUGGUGGACUAUUUCACCAAGUGGGUGGAAGCAGUGCCACUCCUCCGCCAGGACGCGGCAUCGGUCGCAAAUGCCAUUAGCCGCACUUGGAUUAGCCGUUGGGGCGCCCCCUUGUCAUUCCAUUCCGACUGCGGCGCUAAUUUUCAGUCCCAGCUCCUACAAGACGUCUGCGAGAUCCUAGAGAUGCGCAAAACCCGAACUACCCCGUACCACCCCGAAGGCAACGGCCUUGUAGAGAGGACCAACCGCACGCUGCACGACCUCUUACUGGCAUUCUCACGGGACGGGCACGAGCAUGACUGGGACGCACAUCUACCUCUGUGUCUGCUAGCUUAUCGCGGAACAGUACAUUCUUCCACGGGGUUCACACCUCACUACCUCUGGACUGGCCGUGACCUACGCCUCCCGGCCGACCUUCGCUACCCCCUACCCACACCCGACCCGUCAACACUACACGAGUACGCCACGCACCUCCGAGGGGUCAUACGCUCAGCUCAUAACGCUGCCCGCGUUGCUUUGGGAGUUGCUACCCAGCACCAAAAAGAGCAGUUUGACCGCCGCACCGCUGGCACCCCACACCAAGUUGGCGACUUGGUGAUGCAUUACAACCCCGUACCCCCACAUGGCAACUCCGCUAAACUCCACCACCCAUGGCAAGGACCGUUUACCGUACUCGACGUGCUCGCCCCCACCACAUUCCUGUUACGCGACGCCGUCCACCCUGAUUUCCCCUCCUUUACGGCACACUUUUCUAAGCGCAAACCUUACCGAGGGCGCCUACCCAAUUGCACUCCCGAUUCCCUACCCGUCAUCCCCCUAGACCUAGUUCCCCCGGUAGCCAUCGAGGUCUCCGUCCCUUCCCCCAUCGACCCCACCAGCACUGAGGACAGUGCUGUACCUUAA